AUGGCGCCCGCCCAGCCUGAGCUUAAGAAGUACCUCGAUAAGCGCCUGUUUGUCCAACUAAAUGGCAGUCGCAAAGUCAUUGGCGUCUUGCGCGGAUAUGACGUCUUCCUCAAUAUUGUCCUGGACGACGCAUUCGAGGAGACGGAAGGUGGAAACAAGACUAGACUAGGCAUGGUGGUCAUUCGCGGCAAUUCAGUUGUCAUGUUGGAAGCUAUGGAACGCAUCGGCGGCGACGACCGACAACACCGAUAA